AUGUCGAGCGAUUUCGCUAUCUAUAUUCGAGACAAACUUUUCGACAGCAAAACAUCUGUCGACCAUAAAAUCUUACAUAGUGUAAACAAGAAAGGUGAAUUUGUUCUAAAGUUCUGUUUCUGGGAAUAUGACAAGAACCAUAAAACAUUAAGCAGAGCAGUCUUAAAAUUUGUCAAUGACAGACUUGUUGACAGAGAUGACGCCGAUUGGAAAGAUGAAGUCCAACAAAAGUUCUUAGAAUGCAAAGAAGACACAUGCGCUGUUCUUGAAGAUGAAAUAGAAAACAGAAUAGAUGAGCUAUUAAAGGACAAAGAACUUUUACAUAAAUAUG